UAAAGACAUUUUUUGGGUUAAACGAUUGUUUGUGAUCUUGGAUUACGUAAAUAAAAACGUUUUCGAUAGUCCGAGUAGACGGACUUUUCCCCUGUUCACGUCCGGACAGCCUUCAAAGAGAAAGUGAAAUAUUAUUAGUGCGAAUGCAUCUGGCGGCGAGUAGUUUCUAACGCGGCCCUCGCACAAAAUGCUGCGCGUCCUUGCGUUGAUGAUGAUGAUGAUGGUGGUGUUGGUGAUGAUGUCUUCGGUGUCUGCAUACGAUCCCAAGGACAAAGAGGUGGAACUGGUGCUUCCUCCAGACGGUACGUUCGAAGCCUUCUAUCCACGCAGCGAGGGCACCGGCUCAUCCAGGGCCGCCCAUUCCCACGGCAGCUUCUACAAGCAUCGAAACCCGGCGCUGGUGGACGCCAAGAACGCCGCAGCCUACGGUUUUCGCUUCGACGGAGGCCGCAGGUUCAAUUACGAAUAGAGAAAGGAAUUAAAGCAAACUGAAGACCCACGAUCCUCAUUUUAUUUGCA